AUGGGCCUCGGUGUACUCGAUCCGGCUGUCCAUCGACUAGUCCCCGGAACUGUCGCCCUCGGCGAACAGGCAUUAUCGCAAUCUAUUGAUGGAAUUCACCUGAAAAAAGGGACGGGGCGGCACGCGGAUGUCGUUCUGAGCCCGCAGCCUUCCGAUGACCCGAACGACCCAUUGAACUGGCCCUAUUACCAAAAGCUCGUCAUCCUCGGUAUAAUUGUACUGGGAGCCUGCUUCUGUGUCUGUUGUACAGGACCGCUCCUGAACGCCAGUCUCUACGUGCUUUCCCUCGAGCUCAAUCGCUCCUUUGCCGACCUAGCCUUGCUAUCCGGAUAUCAAAUUCUUGUCGCCGCGGCCUCGGGGCCUUUUGUUAGCAUCUUCGCAGCAAAAUACGGCAAAAGAGCGGUUCUUCUAUUCUCAUCAGUGGCAUGUCUCGUUGGCACCAUCAUCUGCUCCUGUGCUCAGACCUACAACACAUUGCUUGCCGGCCGAAUCGUCCAAGGUCUGUGCUUGGCGGCCUGGGAAUCCUUGCCCUUCACUAUUGUCGGAGAUCUCUUUUUCGUCCAUGAGCGAGGGCUAUGGACUACUGUCGUCUCUUUCAUGAUGACAGCUGUGAGCAACCUCACAUCGGUCAUCGCAGGUCAAAUCGUGGUCGCAACCAGUUGGCACGCUCUCUUUCACAUUUUGAACGGUUGCCUAGGACUCCUUAUAAUCUUGCAAUUCUUCUUCAUGCCUGAAACGGCCUACCGCAGGAUCCCCGUGGAUCUGACGCAAAUCGCAUUGGAGCCAGAGAGCGAUGACAAAGCCCAAUCGGCGAAUGUCUCGCAAGUCGAGAACCGGCCAUCUGGUCAGCCCAUUGCAAAGAAAACAUAUGUUCAGAGCCUGGCUCUUUAUACUGGGACCUAUGACGACAGGAGUCUUCUCCACAAUCUCUUUUCGCUCCUUGUGGUCUGCACCAACCUCGGCGCUUUAUGGACUGUUAUCAUCACUGGGGCAGUAUCAUCCUUCUACGUCGCCAUGGCCUACGUGACCGCUCAGCUCUUCGGACCGCCUCCCUAUGGGCUUUCUGCUGCAGGCAUAGGCAACCUGUCUAUUGGUCCGUUCCUUGGAGGGGCGAUCGGCUCCGUCCUGGCCGCCAUAGUGAUGGAUCCCCUCUGCCUGUGGCUUGUCAAAAAGAACAAGGGAGUCUUCGAGCCCGAGUUCCGCCUGCUCUUGAACAUUGUGGGCAUUUGCUGCCCGGUUGGGCUCUUUGCAUUCGGAGCACUCGCAAAGUCCCAAGGUGACAUUAUUGUUAUCGACUUUACCUGGGGGCUGACACUCUUCGGGAUUGCCUUCAUUGGAGCUCCGUGCUCAGCCUAUGCUAUCGAUGCAUAUCAUGAGUUGAGCAAUGAGAUUUUCAUCAUCAGUAUCAUGUUUAAGAACUUCCUGUUCUACGCCUACAGCUACUUUGUUAAUAAUUGGGUUGGAGAUUCCGGGCCUGCAAUUCCUUUUUAUACGUUUGGUGGCAUUUCAUUCGGUCUUCUGGCAACGACUGUGAUCGUUUACAUGUUUGGGAAACGGUACAGAUUGUAUUGGAGUACCCGGACCUGGACCAAGAAGAGUGACAUGGAUGCUACAGCGCGAGUCUGA